UUUUUUUUUUGCAAGGAGUUUUAGGAUUAUCUGUGUGAUAUGUUCAGCAUUGGGCUGAGGGGUGUCUUUCAGGGCUUUCUUUUUGUGGGCCUGGUUGAGCUGAAUUCCCAGUAAUUGGUAUUUCACCCAGGAGCAACCCAGGUGACUCAGGAAUUCUAGCACCUUCAGCAUGUGGAAUGUCUGUCCUAAUCAGGCUUAAUAGAGAGGGGGCAUUAGCCCAGUAAUGAUUGAAAUCUGCCUUCUAAAGGAAAAUAUUCAGCAGGGCAUGUGACACGAAUGCUCCUCUGUGCCUUUGCUCUCUCCUUGUCCAGACACAGCUCUUGGACAUCCUCAGUGGCAAUGGGAUGUUGCUGAAGUACGAGGCUGCUUUGCACGCUCCUCUCUGUGAAUCCAUUUUGUGAUUAAACUUUUAAAAGUCACAGCCUCCAACAUGCCACUGCAGUUUCAUGGUAGUUCUGACAUUAUUUUACUAUUCAUGCUGUGAAUUUCAUUCUAUAGUAAAAUGAAUAUUAUAUUGGCCUUUUAUGUUGGUUGUCAGUGGAGAAUAAGGAAGCUACACUUUUAGAGCAUCUGUAUGCAAUCUUGGCUACAAGUAGGACCCUCUGGAAAGCUGUUACUGUUGGGGCAGAACUAAUCAUUCCAUGUGAAAUUAUAUAAGGAGAAUUAGCUCUGACUCUACCUCAUUUCCUUUCAUACCGCUGUGAAAAUAAGCUUAGGAACGUCAAACCUUCCCUCUUUAUUUCUCUAAGUACUUUGUUAAAUACUUCUUUUUAUUAAGACUUAUUUAUUGGAGGUGCUAGAAAAGAAAAUAUAACUGUCUGUAUUUCUAGGUACUAAUGGGAUGUGUGUCCUUGCCCAGUUUGGCAGUUGUGAUUUCCUUCCCAGGACUGGAUUCCUGCGAUCAGUUGCCAUUGCCUUCUCUGUACUUUGACUUUAUUUCCCUGGUGGAUCAUUCAGAGUACUCCACGCUUAAGGUGAGCUCCUCUGGCCUGAUGUGCAGCUGGUGGGAAGAGAGAAACUGGAGGCUUUCCUGCUCCAUCUGUACCUUUGGAAGGACUUCACCGAAUGCAGUGCACGGUGGGAAAAGCAGCUCUGUUUAGAUUGAAGAAUGCUACUACACUGAAGAAAAUCACACUUUGAAAUCUGUCCAUUGGACUGAAGCAGAUAGGAUGGGUUGGAAGAAAUACAGCUCACCGCUGAGAUCCAUGGCCAAGAUUCCCAAACUGCUUUGGUGAAGAACUCUGAAGCAGCACCACCUGGUAUUUCACUGCUGCCAGCUUUGAAUGCAGGUUUCAGACAGUUCUGAAGUACUUGGAAAAUGAGUGUCCUUCUCAUUGAACCCUUUUAUGGUGGCUCCCACAAACAGCUGAUGGAUCUUCUCCAGGAAGAGCUGCAAGAAGAUUGUGUUCUCUGCACACUCCCAGCCAAGAAGUGGCAUUGGAAGGCACGGACUUCUGCUCUUUAUUUCAUGCAAACAGUGCCGAUAAGUUCAAAUUACAGGAUCCUCUUUGCAAGCUCGGUGCUUAACCUGGCUGAACUCGCUGCCCUGCGCCCUGACCUUGGCAAAUUGAAAAAGGUCCUCUACUUCCAUGAGAACCAAUUGGCAUAUCCUGUCCAGAAAUGCCAGGAAAGGGAUUUUCAGUAUGGAUACAACCAAAUUCUUUCAUGUUUGGUUGCUGAUGUUGUGGUGUUCAACUCUGCUUUUAAUAUGGAAUCCUUUCUUAAAUCCAUUGGAAAAUUUAUGAAGCUGAUUCCUGACCACAGACCUAAGGAUUUGGAAAAAAUAAUCAGACCGAAGUGCCAAGUUCUUUAUUUUCCAGUCAGGUUUCCUGAUGUGAGCAGGUUCAUGCCAGAGCAUAAACUUGCUCGUUUGAAAAAGGUAAUGGGUGUUAAAAGGAAUGGAGAUGCUUAUCAGGAGGGGCUGCCUGGCCAGCAGGAGAGCAGAGCUGUAAUGAAAACCAGUGAUGCACAUCCUGAGUCUGGACUUUGUGAGCCCCAGCCUGGACUCUGCACCACACAGCACGAGGGGCUGCCCUGCCCACCAGCAGUCCCAGUCCAGGCUGAAGCACCAGAAAGUACAAAUCCUUGUCAAGGGGAAGAUAAGCAACGUCUGACUUUUAACCUCUCUAAUAUCUUGAGUGGACUGGACUAUCAGCAAAGACCUCUGCACAUUGCCUGGCCUCACAGGUGGGAACAUGACAAAGAUCCUGAAACUUUCUUUAAAGUCCUGAUGAAGCUGAAAGAGCAAGAUCUGCCUUUCCAUGUGUCCGUCCUUGGAGAGACUUUCAGUGAAAUUCCAGAUAUCUUUUCAGAGGCCAGGGAGGUGUUGGGAUCGUCCGUCUUGCACUGGGGGUACUUGCCCAGCAAGGAUGACUAUUUCCGAGCGCUGUGCACGGCCGAUGUUGUCAUCUCCACAGCCAAACACGAAUUCUUUGGCGUGGCAAUGAUGGAGGCUGUGCAUUGUGGCUGUUACCCGCUGUGUCCCAAAGCCUUGGUGUACCCAGAGAUAUUCCCAGCUGAAUAUCUGUAUUCUACACCUGAACAGCUUUUUAAAAGGCUUCAGAAUUUCUGCAAGAGACCAGAUAUUGUAAGGAGACAUCUCUAUAAGGGAAGAUUCGCAGCUGUUGCUGGAAGCCGAUCCUCGGGGGCUGCAGGGGUUGGAAGUUGUUGCGAAGCGAGCUCCGAGCGGGAGGAGGCUGCGGAGAGAGGGGAGGGCACCGGAGGGAAUCGGGACCUUGGCAUGGAAUAUCCCACCCGCGGAAAAAGCUUUGCCCAUCCCGGUGAGCGGCCGAGAGGAUGGAGGUGCGGGCAAGCCGGGUUAAACGAGGCCAGUGACGGCUGUAAUGGUAAAAAUCAUAAAUAAUAAGAAUCAUGGCAAUGUAAUAAUGCAAAGGGUUUGAGCCGGGGGCGAUCGCUGUCAGGGCAGCCCCGCGGUGCCCUCCGCGCAUCCCGGCGCAUCCCGGCGCAUCCCGGCGCAUCCCGGCGCUGCGGCUUCCCCGGGAAGCGGGGAUGGACGCACGCCACCCGCCACUUUUAUCAUCGACAUUACCGAUAAUAAAAAUAUUAUUUUGUAAAUCAGGUUCUUCUGUAGCAUCGCUCUACAGCACGGAGAAAAGCUUUCCCCCUCCCCGCCGUGGCUUUUCCGCGGGUGCGGAGCGGCCGCCCGUGGUGCGCAGCCUUCCCCCAGCCCUUCCCCGGCUCUCCUGCGGUUCCUCCAGGAAAAACACAACCCCAAAAAACACCAAACGAACAAAAAAUACCCUCAAGCCCCCGAAAGAAAUGCCGGGCAAGGAGCGCGGCGCUGGGGAGGGAUGGGAGGGAUGCGUGCGAGGGGCUUAACCCUUGGAGCUUUGAAGGCAAAACAAGGAAAUGCGUUGGAAAGGCAUGUCUGUAAACAAUGAUAAUUAGCCUUUUCAAAAAUCAUAACAAUGAUUAAAAUCUCGGAUUCAUUAUUUAUUCAUCACAGAACCUCUUUGCAGACCUGGGAAUAGUGAUUAAAACCUAAGUGCUUCUCAAUUUUGCACAGCUCGAGAGGAGCCUAAAAAGGGGUUAAAAUGGAAAGGAAAGAGGAAACCAAGCAAACAGAAUUCUUCUUUUAAGAACCAAUACUUUCUUCUUCCCUUCCUGGCAGGAAUACUCUUAUUCCCCCAAAUUUUGGUAUUAUGAAAAUGUUUCUCAUACUAAGUACAAGUGUUAGACUGAAUCCAGUUGGUACUAAAAUUGCAAACACACUUUCACUCCUAGAAAAGCCAACAGAAAGGAACUUCUUUUAACUCCAUAAUAGCAGGUUACAGAGUAAAUGAACAACUGAUGGUCAACUGGCCAAUUAUGGUAUAAAUAUCCGUUGUUUACGGCGAGGUGUUAAAUGAGCCUUUCGAGCACAAAGGAUCAGACUGUCUAAGCUACAAUUUGUGCUUCAUCCCAUUAUGUCUCCCCGAAAAAGGCCCGUGCCGUUGUAGGUAAUGUGCGCACAGAACAUAUUUCUCUCUGUUGAUUUUAGUUUGCUUUAAUUCAAUACACACUCUUGUUUACUUUUUAAAAUUUAAAUAAAUGUCAGCAUUGUAUAAUUUCUAUGUUAACAAAGCAGUGAGCAAAAUCCCUUGUAUGUUUAUAAAAUAUUAUUGUUUAAUUCACAUAGUUUAGGAAUUCCAAAUGUUGAGAAUAGGAAGGAGGCCAAAUACCAUCUGUUUAUAACUAUGAUGCAUCAUCAUAUGUGUACUUUAAAAAAGAAGAAGAAAAAAAAAAGCUUGGUCAAUCAUGCCACUGUUCUAUCUGUUAGGGAUAUAGUGAGGAUUUAAAAUCUCUCUGUGCCAGGAAAUUUUAGGGUGGUUUAAUUCUGAGCAGGGAUGUUACAGGAGUUGCUCAGGUCUGUGUUCCUGUCAGAAGAGCUGCAGGAAACACUCACGUGCCCCAACCACUGCAGACACAAAUUCAAUCACUUUCUCCCAGCCUCAAUAUUCCCCACUUCUAGAGACCGAGAAGCAAAACCUGAGAGAUUUAUUUAAACUCCUUUAUAGAUUCUGGGGGGAGAGGGGAGGUGUGGGUGCAUCUGGGGCUUCAUUUCCAAACGCUUCAUAUGUUUGUGUGCCCGUGUUUUUAAGGACAGAAGGAAAGCGUGAGGAUUUUGUAGCCUGUUUUUCAAAACACAGGCUAUAGACUAUCAUUCAGCUGAUUCUGCAAAUAGCUUAAAAAAAAAAAAAAAAUCAAUCCUCUGUCAAAUGUUAGUAGUUUUUGGUCCAAGUUAAAAUAGGUCCUCGUUAAAAAUAAUACAUUCCAUACUACGGAGUGGUACGUAACGUGCAUUUUAAAGAGAAGGUAGUCUGCAGGCUUAAAAACAAAGAGAGUGUCUCCAAGUUAAGUAGAUAAGAAGAUUUUUUUUUCCAAACCCAAGUUAAUUAGCUGGUACGUCAAGCCUCAUAGAUGUCUUCCUACCUUUCAAGGGCUGAAGAAUCCCCAGUAAAUGUACUUAAACUUCCUAGUGAGGGCCAGUGAGAUGAAUGCAGAGAUUAGGGCGAGUAUUACCCUGCCUUCUCAGUGCAUCCCAGCUGCAGUUCAUCCUACUAUUGAUAAUGAUGCUUGGAGUUACUGAGGUGGUUUCUGAAACUCACAUAUGGGGUCCUUUCCCCAAGGAUGAGGAAUAAUAGCGGCACUCAGGUGGUACGGGGAGGGUAAGCACAGAUUUGCAGUUGUCUUUGCCUGGUGCAUGGUGACUUCUCAGUCAUGCUGAUUUAAUAAAGGGAGAGGUACAUUCUCAGGACAAGGGCUGUAAUUCUCUGAUAGUGUUUGAUUUGUGUUAACAAACAGGAGGGGGAAUAAAAAACAGCACAGGUGAAAGGAAAAAAAAAAUGUCUGGGCUUGCUGGAGGGCAGCCCUGGCAGAACGCUGCUGCAGUAUGAAACGUUCUGUGGCCAAACUCUCAGCAAUUUCUGAAAUACCAUAAUUUAGCAUACUGUACACUGCACUGAAAUGCCUGGGACUUUGUUUUUGAACUUCUUCCUUUCUGCUGUUACACUUAACUUGCAGCAUCUUGAAUUACUUAGCUACACCCAGAUAGAAAGUUACCGUUUCUUUAGCUCUACACGCUGCACUGGGCUCUUAGUGUUAAAAACUGUCCAUCAGAGUGGAAAAGCCUUUCCAGCCCUUUCCUCUAUAUUUCCUAGCCUUUAACAUAACCUUCUGAGGCGUUUUAUUAUCUUGAAAGACUUUAAUAUUUUUAAUUAGGAAAAAGAAAUGCCCUACACACCUCUCUUAAGUAAUCUUUUUGGAGCUGGUUCCAUCAGCAAAGAUAAUUUGCUACUGUGCCAUGAGCUUAAUCUGCUCACACUGACAUUACAGGAGUGAGAAAUGGGACAAAAGGCACCUUCUGUCACUGCAGUUUGCAAAAAUAUUCAUAAAUGUAAAAUGUAUACAAUCCCAGCUUGAAAAAAACUGGUGCCAGCUCUACUCAGGCAUGCAUUCCUGUGUAUUACUUCCUAUUUUCCAUGGCUAUGGGAUCCUGGGUUUCCCAAGCUGAGAUAGCAAUCAGGGGGGAGGAUUGUCCGAUUAUGAUGUGCAUACCUGUCCAUGAGGAAUUCUGUGGACUCCUUAUAUUUGUUUAUCACUUGGUUUUUACACACUGGAGUAGUUUAAUGAGUUGCCCUGUGAGAGGCUGCUCCGAAGGUGGCUAAAUGCCACGUUCACUGCAGGCUUGGUUCUGUGCUGUUCAUGGGCACUCUGGGUCAGUGCAGGGAGAUGGGCAUUUGGAAACAUGCCCCAGCACUGGUAUAAAUCCCUUAUAAAGAGCUGUGGUUGAGGCUGGAUAUCUGGGACAUCCAGGUGGGAAUCCAUCGCUCCCUGGGUCUUGCUUCUGUGUCUGAGUUGCCUGUGUUGUGUCAGGACUGCAAACAAAACAUACACCAGGCAUGAAGCACGUGGCCAUUCACAAGGAGAAUGUGUUCUGUGGUCAUCACUCUGACUUCUUGCAUCCUUCUGGGGUCUGAACCCCUUGUGCUCCCCCUUAGCAGAGGUAACUGAGGGCAUUGAUCGUCUCACAAGCUCCUGGGCAUUAACAUUUAACCAUCCUAUAAUUUGGUUUUUAAGUGAAAGCAGAGUGGUUAAUAAACUUAAUCUAGCAUUCACACAGGUUUGAGGAUGGCUGACCUCUGCCCUCUAGAGACCCAGGCUCAUUUAAGAAUCUGCAUCAGAGAGAGCCCCUGCACUUGUCCUGUCACAGCCAGUCCUGUCCCCCGUGGGCUGCAGUGUCACCCUCGCCGUCUGCAGCAGCAGCAGUGGUGACAAGGAAUUUGCUCCUUUUAUUUAUGUCUCCCUCCUCUAGAAGGGUCAGACACAACUCUCUCCUUCAAGAUAGCAGCUCUCCUGGGGAUUGGAACAGCAAAAGUAAAAUCUUGGUCAAAAAUGAGUCAAUCUUUCAAUUUGUUUGCAUAUAGGAGAGAAAGAAAAAGUCAGACCAGAAAAAAAAAAAAAAAAAAAAAAAAAAAGGAAGAAAAAGGGAAGCAGGAAUGUCAGGUCUUUGGAUUUGGGGCACAGGUUUGCAGCUUUUAGCAUUACCUUACAAAAUUCCCAUAUUGGGAAAGCCUUUUAUGUUGGACCAUUCAGCCAACAGAAGUGCUGCCUCGAACUGUAAAGCAUUAUCUGUGGAUUUCUUUGCACAUUCCACGUCCUGCAAUUCUUGGGGAAAAAAAAAAACAACAACUUGGAUAGGAGUAGUUUGUCAAUGCUAUUAAUAGAUAUGUUUAAUGCAGGAGUGUGCAAUGUGAUGAACAGCCUUGGCAGGAACCAUAUCCAGCCUGAUUGUAUUGUAAUACUGUUUGAUGCAGCAGUGUGUUUGAUCAGUUACAAGUGAUGAGUAUCAUAUCACAUCAAACAAUUUAAUACAGUCUCAUUGUAUGGAAUUAUGGCUGCUGUCAAUCAGCAUGUGGCCUAUUCCUUACAGAUCUGUCUUUGGGAGCUGGAAUACACUGGUAGCUUCAUAUGCAUUAAUAAAUAAAGUGCUGCUGAAAUUCCA